AUGUAUAUGACAGAUACUUACUCGAUCGAGAGUUACGAGAAGUAUUUUCGUGACUCACAAACGGAAGAACUCGUAGAACUGUCUAGCUCCGACAUUUCUACAAGUUCAAUUCAUCCAGAUGGCGCUUCAGUGGUUGCUAAUAACCCAUUUGACAGUUGUUCCAUGAUGGAGAAUCGAAGUGUGGAUUCAACUGAAGUGGACGGUGUAAUGAGAUCGAAACUAGAAGCAUUGGAGAGAGCAUUACUUGAGGAUAGUGACAUUGAGGCGGAAGAGGAAUAUGAUAACUCUCGAUGCAUGGAAAUGGAUUGGGCUGAUCAUGACCCGAUGCAGAAUAUGUUGCUUCUCGAUGAACAUGAUUCGCCAAAGGAGUAUUCGUCUUCAGAUUCCAACGUUAGUAGCAUCCGUAGCGUCGCAAAAGAAAUAAGAAAAAUCUCUAGGACCCCCAAGCAACUGUUAUAUGAAUGUGCUACUGCAAUUUCAGAAGGAAAUGACGAGGAAGCAUCGUCGAUGAUAAACAAUCUUCGACAGAUGGUGACGAUUCAAGGAGAGCCUUCUCAGAGAAUUGCAGCCUAUAUGGUGGAGGGACUUGCAGCCCGUCUCGCUGAAUCGGGUAAAAGUAUAUAUAGAGCCUUGAAAUGCAAGGAACCUCCUUCUUCGGAUCGUUUAGCAGCGAUGCAGAUACUCUUUGAGAUUUGUCCGUGCUUUAAAUUCGGGUUUAUUGCUGCAAACAAUGCGAUUACAGAAGCUGUUAAAGAUGAAAUGAAGAUUCAUAUAGUAGAUUUCGACAUCAAUCAAGGUAGUCAGUACAUAAAACUAAUUCAAACCCUUGCUUUGAGAUCUCGUAAGCCAUCAUAUGUUCGAUUGACCGGGAUCGAUGAUCCUGAGUCCGUGCAACGAUCCGUUGGAGGACUAAAUAUCAUAGGACAAAGGCUCGAAAAGCUAGCAGAAGCAGUUGGUUUGUCAUUUGAGUUUCGAGCAGUAUCAUCCAGGGCUUCCGUUGUCACCUCAUCGAUGCUCAACUGUCGUCGUGGAGAAGCUCUUGUUGUGAACUUUGCAUUCCAGCUUCAUCACAUGCCUGACGAGAGCGUUUCAACGGUAAACGAACGAGACCAACUUCUUCGCUUGGUAAAGAGCUUGAAUCCGAAGAUUGUAACGGUCGUGGAGCAAGAUGUAAACACCAAUACCGCGCCUUUCUUGCAGAGAUUUGUUGAAGCUUAUAAUUACUACUCUGCUGUUUUUGAGUCACUUGAUGUUACUCUUCCUAGAGAGAGUCAAGACAGGAUGAAUGUUGAGAGGCAAUGCUUAGCUAGAGACAUUGUAAAUACGGUUGCGUGUGAAGGUGAGGAUCGGAUAGAACGGUAUGAAGUCGCGGGCAAAUGGAGAGCUAGGAUGACAAUGGCGGGGUUUACUUCAUCGCCGAUGAGCACUAACGCAAGCGACGAAAUCCGGAAACUAGUUGAGGUGUAUUGUGAUAGGUACAAGGUAAAGGAGGAAAAGGGAGCACUUCAUUUUGGUUGGGAAGACAAAAACUUGAUUGUUGCUUCGGCGUGGAGGUGA